GCUGACGCGAACCGUUAGUCCGCUAGAGCCCAGAGUAGUAGCAUUAGUGGCAUUUAAAAAAAAAAAACAAAGUGUCCAGAGGAAGGCAGAGUUUUCCUCAAUUUUCAAUAAGUGUGCAACAAUCGAAUCAAAGACAAAACUUUAAAACGUAAAAACGACAAUUGUGUGUGUGUUCUUUUGUGUGCGUUCAAAAGCCGAGACCAAUUCAAUUGGAUAUACACAAUCAACUAUAUAUAUAUCGAUAUAUUCAGGAGCAGCAGCUGAUUUAUAGGCUGCAAUCAAGCACAAAAUGCAACGCAACCGACACUUAGCCCUAGUCUUCCUCCUGGCCAUUGGUCUGUGCGCCGCCUGCGUUCAUGCCGCCGCCACGGGAGCUCCCUCGGCCACGGCUACCACGGAGAAGCCCAAGGGCUUCUCGUCGCGUUCUCUGGACGUGAGCGCUGCCGGCGAUCUAGACGAUGACUUCGAGACGCAGGCACAAACACAUCUGGCUUACAGACAACAACUGCAGCAGCAGCAACAGCGACCACAGUACGAAUACAGCGAGGAGGACCAGGAGGAGGCACCACGACAGGUCUAUCUCAAUCGCAAUGUGCAAAAGCAACAGCAGCAGCAGAGCAACUAUUUGAAGAAGAAGCCCUCAAGUGAAGAGAGCGAGGAGGAAGAAGAAGAAGUCGAGGAACCCGAUCGUCUGUCCACGCUCCUCAGCAAAUCCUCGUUCACGUGCAACGAACGCAACUCCGGUUACUAUGCUGAUGAAUCGCUGAGCUGUGAGGUCUUCCACUAUUGCCAGGAGAAUCAGAAGCACUCGUGGAUCUGCCCCGAGGGCUUCACUUUCCAUCAGAUCCACUUGAUCUGCAUGCCGCCAUCGCACGAUAACAUCUGCAAGCAGUCCUCCAAGUAUCAUAUUGUUAACGACUAUCUCUACAAGCCCAUCAAUCUGCAGGAGCAUCAAAGCAAGCCCAAUGUCACGCUGCGUUAUUCGGAGCGUUACUUCCCCGAGAACUACUACGAACACGAGCGCUACGAUGACGAGGAGGAGGAACUGCCAGCUCCCCGACCACGCAUUCAACACCAGCCACAACAGCAGCAGCAGCCACAACGUCAGCCCAUCGCUUACCAUCCGCAGCCACAGGCGCAGCCUCAACUGCAGCUGCAGUUGCAGCACCAGCCUCAGGUGCAGCGCGUACAAUACCAGCCACAGUCUCAGGUGGUCACACAGAUCCGUCACCAACAGCCACAGCCUACAACCAUUGCCUAUCGCAAGCCAUUGCCAACAACAACGAUUCAACCACAGAUCCAGCCUCAGUUGCAAUUACAUCAGCUGCAUCAGCAGCAAAGGCCACAGACAUUGGCGCCCACUGUGACACCGGCGCCAUAUCGCUUCUUCACCGCCGCGCCACCUCAACUGCAGCAUUUGCAUCAGCAACAGCAGCAGCAGCAUCAACAGCAGGUCUUCCGAACACCCGAGGAGAUUAACAUCUCGUUGCAGCAACGCCGGCCGCAAGUGUUUAUAGCCACAUCGACGCCACGCUACUACGAGGACGAGUAUCUGUAUGAGCGAAGGAAGUGAAGCGUUGCGAACGGGUCGUCGUCCAAGUCGCUAGCGCACUCAUUGUAAACAGUCUUGUCGUUCCACGCCUUGUACAUGCAACUACUCCCGGUUAACGGCUGAGAGAGAUAGUUAACGUAGCUUUAAGCUGUGCCCAUCUGUCACUACUAUAAACACUUACACUUUAUAUAGUCCCAAAAUUUAGCGCGAGUUUUGAUGUACCUUAUCUUGUAAUAUUUAAUGUCCUGCUAGAAGAAUCCGCCUUCUAACUCAUAUUUCGUUAAUAAAGAAGCAACAUAUUAAGUUAA